AUGUUUUAUAGGAUUGUUUUGUUGAAUUUGUGCCGGUGGUUUCUGAUUGGUGUGUUUGCUGAGUCAGUGUCAGUGACGGAGGGAGAUUCUGUCACUCUACACACUGAUCUUACUGAAAUACAUGAAGACGACGAGAUAGUGUGGAAAUAUGGAGCUGAAAAAUCUCUGAUAGCUCAAAUCAACAGAGAUGCUGAAGUCUACUCCACAUGUGAUGUUCCUGAUGAGAGAUUCAGAGACAGACUGAAGCUGGACAGACAGACUGGAUCUCUGACCAUCACAAACAUCACAACUCAACACACUGGAGAAUAUCAACUAGAGAUAAACGGAGCAAAACUGUCAUCAAAAACAUUCAAUGUUUCUGUCUAUGCUCGUCUGUCUGUUCCUGUCAUCAGCAGUAACUCUACACAAUGUUCUUCAUCAUCUUCAUCAUCUUCAUCACAGCAGAAUUGUUCACUGGUGUGUUCAGUGGUGAAUGUGGGUCAUGUGACUCUCUCCUGGUACAAAGGAAACAGUUUAUUGUCCAGCAUCAGUGUGUCUGAUCUCAGCAUCAGUCUCUCUCUACCUCUGGAGGUGGAAUAUCAGGAGAAAAACAGCUACAGCUGUGUGAUCAACAAUCCCAUCACAAACCAGACCACACAUCUGGACAUCAGCAAACUCUGUCACACAUGUUCAGAGGUUCACAUCAGUUGUUGUGAUACAGUUGAAGCUGUGAUGCGAUUGGUCGUCGCUGCUCUGGUGGGCGUGGCUUCUGCAGCUGCUGCUGUUCUUCUGAUCAAUGACAUUAGAUCUGCUAGAGGAUAAAAGAAGAAAACAGAGCAGAUAUCAAAUAUUCUCACAUAUAUUGGAUUUUUAUCUUAAAGAUGACUAUAUGUGUAGUCUAAUUGUUUAAUGAUGGCAAAAUGAAGCUUUGCUAAAACAAAUGUCAC